CAUGCCCUCGUUAUCCCCAUCCGUUGCCGAUGUUGAAACAUCUUGCCGGCCCGCGGACUGAGUAGGACAAGAGGACGGUGACUUGUUUCCUGUCUCGAAAGGGACACAACAUGAGCGUCCCGACGCGCCUAACGCCAACAUGCUUUGGGACCACUGGACCGAGGGGGUCCGGUCUUGCGUCACUCAUUAUUAAGCCGCAUUGGAGCUUCCAAAGUACUUGUAGGAGCUUUACAUUCCCGCCAGCUUAUUCGUUUCGUCAAACCACUGUUUCCGUUCGUCAGAGACAGUCCCGCAGCUUUCCCUAUAGUACCACGACACACAGUAUGGCGCCUCAACUUUACACCGAUGAAACUCCCGAUGAGGUGAAGAAUGCCAAAGGUCUUCACCUCAUCACCAUGAACACACCCAAUGGUCAGGCUGUUCAGAUUAUGCUGGAGGAGCUCAAGGAUGCUUACGGUACCGAGUGGACGACUACGCUUAUCAACAUCAUGACCAACGAGCAAAAGAAGGACUGGUUUCUUCGUCUGGACCCGAACGGACGAAUCCCGGUUCUUGUGGACAACACCCAGAACCCUCCGUUCCCGUCAAUGGAGACAAGUGCCGAGAUGUUCUACCUUCUUAAGCAGUACGACAAGGAAGACCGCUUCGGCUUCAAGGACGACCUCGAGCGGAACCAAUGCCUUCAGUGGACUUUCUUCUGGCAUGGCUCCGGCGCCCCCUACCAAGGGCAAGUAAACCACUUCAACAAGUUCGCAAAGGAGAAGAUCCCAUACGCCAUUGACCGCUUCAAGAACGAGACUCUCCGCGUCUACGGUGUGCUCGAGAUCCAGCUAUCUGGCAAGUACUCCGACUCUGGACCACGAGAGUACCUUGCCGGCAAGGGCAAGGGAAAGUAUAGUGUCGCAGACAUGAAGACUUGGCCGUGGGUCAAGGGUUACGAGUUCAGCGGUUUCACCAAAGAGGACAUGCAGCCUUUCCCGAAUGUGCUGAAGUGGAUUGAUCGUAUUGCGGAGAGGCCGGCGGUGCAGAGAGGCAUCGGAGAAGCGUAUACGCAGAAACAGUAAGACCGAGACCUGCAGUGUGCGUAUACACUCCGAUCUUGUAGGCCGACGACAUGUCUAGACCCCAUCUCUGAAGGCUUAUAUCUCCAAAAGACGCUUCGGUAAGAUAUCAGGAAUUAUCUUAAAAAUUACACAAAACGAGCAACCACUGGAGCCGGC